AUGGGUCGCACUGCGGAUGAUGAGGCCGAAGACACGGACGUCCAGAGCUUUGUGCAGCACCUUAACAUGCGGGAGUUCCAGGACCUAGUCAACGAAGGGGUGCAUGGAGCUGAUAUAGGUGAGCUCGACCUCUACCUGGCGGAGUUGGGGCGCAGAGUCAAUGAUCCUAAUGUUCCACAGCAUGUCAGGGCGCAGUCUAUGUGGUCGCUGGCGGUCAUGUGCCGAGCUCUGCGGCGGGCGAUGCGUCUUCUAAAUGAGGUGGUCGCUAUCUUGGAAGACCGUGUUGUGGAUGGAGGCAUCCAUCUUCCAGCUGAUGAUGCUGAACGGGGUCGUUUGCUGGCGCGCUGCCGUAGACCGGGUGCUGUCUUGGCCGGGACGUUCCUCCAGUGCUACAACCAGGGGUUGGAUGAUGCAUGGGUCGCACCGGAAGAACUUCCAGCACGUCUCCAAGAACAGCGUCGGCCGCCACGACGCAAUCCAAGUCGCUGGGUUCCGUGUGAACCUGGGGCGGAGACUCUGAGCGAGCGUCUUCGUCGACAAGAAGAGGCUUCGGGAGACAGCAGGGGGCGGGACAGGACACCGAGGACCGCUUUUGACCGAGAAUGCCGAGACCAAGCUCGCCUCCGGGAUGUUGCUGCUGGCAGUGGGGCGGCUCCGCCUUCAGAAUGGGGUACAAAUGAGCCUCCUUCCUCUGCAGGCGAAGAUGAUGAGGACGACUUCGACUACUUCAUCGACUUCCUGCACCACUUUGCCGACAACGUGCACUUCGUCUCCCUGCCCUACCUUGUCGCCAACUGGACGAACUUCGUUGAGUCCACGUCACCAGAAGAUGGACAUGACGAGGUCAUGAUGAUGCAGCGUCUCAACAUGUACGAAGUGGAGGCUCUUCGUGAACAGGGAGUGGGCAGUGAAGUCAUCGGGGAGCUCGAGUCGCUUCUGGGGGAUGUGGGGUCGGACCCUAUGCCCUGUACCUUGGCAGAAGAAAGAUGGUUGUUGGGGCUCACUGGUCAUGCCUUUGCGGAGGCGCGAGACCUGUUGGGAUGUCUCCAGACUGUGCUUAACAGCCGCUCUCGUGACGGAGUUCACCUGCCGGCAGAAGGGGUCCGUGGUGAACUCAUCGGGGCGAACAGAAGAUUGGUCUUGGCUGUGGCCCGCGGAUGCUUGGAGCGAAUGGAACAUUGCUUCGUCCAGGCCUGGCUACAACCAGAUGUACUUCCUCUACAUCUACUAGCUGGGGCGGUGCCGGAUGGAACUGGCUCUGGCGUUGAUGCUGUGGCUCCGCUUGGGCUGGGCUCUGCGAAUGAGGAUGGGGAUGGUGACAACCGUGGCUUAGCUGUUGUGCCGCCUACUCCUGGUGACGGAGAUGAAGCUGCUGUUGCAAGUCCUGCUGAUCUUCAAGCUGUUCUACCGGUCGGAGCUAACAUCUUCCGAGCCUUGCAGACACGCAACAAGGACCCACUGGCAUUCUCCGACCCUGAAGACGAUGAACCAAGUCUGGAGCGCGCCUGGCCCCAUCUGCAGAUCGUGUACGAGUUUUUCUUGCGGUUCGUUGUGUCCAAUGACGUGGAUCCCAAAAUCGCCAAGCGCUUCGUCGAUCAGAAUUUCAUGCUGAAGCUCCUGGAGCUGUUCGAUUCUGAGGAUCCGCGGGAGCGAGACUACUUGAAGACGAUCUUGCACCGCAUCUACG